UUGGGGUUUUCCUUUAUUUUCGUAAACGGCGUCGUACACUGAACAAUUGGUAUAUUUAUACGGAGUCGCGCACUUUGAUUUCCAUUUAUUCUCGACACAGGACUACUGGAGAUAAAUAGAGCCUUCGAAGUCUCUGAUCAAAUCAAUAAUCCGACUGAAAUUAACAACAAACCAAGGUAAGAAGUUUAGGGCGGAGAAGAAAGUCCACGGAUUCGAUUAUGAAGCCAUCAUGCAGCGGCGCUCAAAUCACUCGCUUGAUUGGGGAGUUGACUGUUGAAGAAGUUCCAUCUGCUGCAAAUAGCGUAACCGAGGGUGCAUCAUCAUCAUCUUCGGAAACUAAUUCCACACCUUCCACUGGACCCGUCACUGAAGAUGAAAUCAGAGCUGUUCUGCUGCAGGAAAAACCAGUCACCACUCAGGACCUUGUUAACCAAUUUAUAUCACGACUAAAGUCUAGAGAGGACAAGAACACUUUCGCUGCUGCACUGAGGAGAAUAUCCAGGAUAGAAGCGACCAAUACGGGCAUCUAUGUAGUGUUGAGCGAGAGGGCUAGGGCUAACCAAUAGGUCAAUGAUGAACAACACAAUGAUCCUCACUUGAUGGACUCUCCAACCUCCACUGAUGAUACUGGCCGAAAUUGCAAGAGGAGGCUUCUGAAGAUCAAAUGUUGGUUCUCAAGAACACCCUCAACAUCUUUGAAACAAUGUCGGGGCAAAGAGUGAGCCUUCAGAAAUCGCAAAUUCAUUUCUCCAAGAAUGUGGACUACGAACUCGCUGAGAGGCUAACGAUGCUUGCUGGGAUCCAAAGCACGACGAAUUUGGGCAGAUACUUGGGUGUCCCCUCCAUCCAUGGAAGGGUUACAACCAAUCUAUUUACACCGCUCAUGGAAAUAAUCAACUCAAGACUUGAAGGGUGGAAAGGAAAAAAUCUAACUCUAGCAGGUCGGGUGAUCCUUGCACAGAGUGUAUUAAGUGCAACCCCAUACUACAUGAUGCAAUCUAUGCUGCUACCGAAAGGAGUUUGUGAUGAAAUCGAGAAGAGGAUUCGUAACUUUGUGUGGGGAAAGGGUGUUUAUAUGGUUAAAUGGGAGAAUGUAGUACUGCCAAAGAGCAAGGGCGGGCUUGGAUUAAGGCAUAUCCACCAAAUGAAUUUAGCCUUUCUUGCUAAAAUGGGAAGGCGAUUAAUUAAUGAGAGCGAUAGCCUGUGGGCAAGAACCAUGAAAGCCAAAUAUAUCCGAAGUAACGACUAUAUGCCCGACUUCACAUGGAAACCUGGAAGUUCAAAUCUGUGGAGAGGUAUCUGUAAGGUAAAGGAUAUUCUUGCUGAAGGUUUACGCACCAGAAAUGACGGGAAGGAAAAGAUCUACUGGAGCAAAGAAAGUAGCGGUCGGUUCUCAGUUUCCUCAGCUUACGAUCUUGCCAUGAAAACUGACGACAUGGGUAACGAUAUUGGCUGGAAAAAGAUUUGGAAAUUACGAGCACCUAACAAGAUUUGUUUGUUUCUUUGGCUUGUCAAGAACAAAAGAAUCAUGACAAAUGGAGAAAGGCGUAGGAGGAGCUUCUCAAUGGACUCCCGCUGCCCAGGUUGCGAUGAACAAGAAGAAGACGUGGCACACUGCAUCAGGAACUGCACAAAGGCAAUGGAAAUCUGGGGAGUUUUCUUACCUAGAGGGGCCUGUAAAAAUUUCUUUAAUAUGGAUUUUGACUCCUGGCUGUUCAUGAAUAUUUCAGGGCGAAUGAAGAACCAUAAAGAAGGUGACUGGAGUGGACUCUUUGCGUUAGUAGUCUGGUGGAUAUGGAGAUGGAGGUGCAACCUGGCUUUCAGGAAUGAAAGCUGGGAGAAAAGAGACAAGAUCAGAUGGUUACAAGAGCAGAAUAAAGAGAGACUGCGAGCCUUUGCUCGGAGCAAAGCUGUGGAGGUGAAGAACAUGCGGCCGAAGAUCGUGACUACAGGCCAUGAAGAUUGGAUGUAUUUGCACACGGAUGCUACUUUCACCAGCCCGAAUGAAAUCACAGGAUGUGGAGGGGUGCUUCGUAAUCAGCGAGGGGAGUGGAUUGGUGGUUUCAGCUGUCUAUCUCGGACCUCCAGUGCAACAGAAGGAGUGCUUGCCACCGUUCUUAUAGCACUGCAGUGGGCGUGGGAUAAAGGAGUUAAGAAAAUACACAUCUUUAGUGACUCCCUAACAGCGAUCCAAUGGAUUAAAAGCGGACCUGAGCCCCUAGGACCAUGUGGUGACAUUACUAGACUAUGUAAAGCUUGUCUGGUGAAAGAGUGGGAGAUUACACUUGAGCAUACUCCUCGUGAAUUCAACCAAGUGGCGGAUAGCCUUGCAAAAAUUGCCCCGAGAAGAUCAUGCGAGUGGAUAGAACUGUACACACCCCCAGAGGAGGUGAGAGACAUCCUAAGUGAUGAGUGCAUUUGGUCCUUUGCUACCGGCAGAAGCAACUGACCGCCAGGGUCAUCCCCUUCCCUUAUUCCCAAAAAAAAAAACUAUAGA